AUGUCUACGUCGACAAACAAAAAGACCUCCAGGACGGCCACAACAUCAGUAUCAACAGCUGCUCUCGCACAAGGUGAGGCCUUGUCACACAUAAAUGCUUUAGCCCUGACUAGAGCUAGUAUAAGACCUGUCCCCUAUCGGCACGGGGAUGUUUCCAGCUGGAGUUUUUCUUCGAUCGAGGAAUCCUUGGAGGGCAAGAGCUUUUACCCUGGUGCCGAGACUGGAUACCGUGGCUUCGACAACUACCUGAAGCGAUGGC